AUGGAAAUGGUCGAAAUAGAUCCUAAACUUUUCGUCACUUGUCGACUUUGCUUGGAUCAUUUGGGAGUAUACCAGAUUGUGCCAAAUGUACAACGGCAAAUAAAAUUUUGCUACGAUAUUGAGGUUGACCCAUUUGAUGGUUUGCCCCAGUUGAUUUGUAAGACCUGUGAAUGUAUUUUGACCAAGUAUACUGACAUUAAAACCACUUAUAUUGACAAGCAAAAAACAUUGAGGGAGAAAUUGGAGAGAAAUGUCGCAACAUCCCUUGGUACUGAGAUACAACCCGAGCAAGAAACUGUUUGUUCCACUCAACAAUUAGCCAGUGAAGUAAAGGAUAGAAAAGGAAAAAAAGAAAUUACUUUUUAUAAUGCUUCAUCGGACAAAUCAGACACAGAUAAAUCAAUAAAAUUAAAAAAUAAACGCAUAAAAAGUUACAAACGUAUAAAAAAACCACCCCCAGAUAUAUGGGAAAAUAAUUAUAAUAAAAGGUUUAUAUGCAGAUUUUGUGACAAAAGUUAUAAAACUAGAUCUAGUAUAAUACGACACAUUAACACACAUUCAUCUUUAAUAUUUAAGUACCAAUCAUGUAUAAAAAGUCAUUGUUCUGUUAAGUUAAACAAAGUGGAUGUUAAACCAAAUAUUUGUGAUUCAAAACGAAUUGUAGUGCAUAGUUGGAACAAGUUCAUAAAGUCAGAAGACCGUUAUUUUUAUACUUUGUUCAGACCAAAACAAGAAUUCGUUAGCAACGAUAGCCAAAAUUUAACGUCGGAAGUCUUAAAAGGCGAAGAAAGUUUGAGUAGUGCAGAAUCUAGCGACAAUGAACCAGUUUUUAAAGUCAAAAAGAAAAGGCGUCGAUUACUUUCAAGAAGUUCAAAUGAAACUGUUGUCCUGGAAAAAAAUAAUGUAAAAGAUUCUGCUGAGAUUGAUAUCGAAUUACCAUCCAAACAAAUAAUUCCUGCAGUAUCUAGUACUUUAGAGCAAAAUGAUGCUGAAUGCAUCAACAUAGAUGACUCCUCUGAUACUGCGUCUUGCAAAAGUAGUAACCCUGCAAAUAAUGAAACAAAUACAGAUUUAUUAAUAUCAUUUAGGGAUGGCGAUUAUAAAACGAUACAAAAUAUAAUUUCUGUGUGUCUUAAAAAAUACUUAAUAAGACUUGAGUCUUCCAAAGGACUUGAGUCUUCCGAAAUACCUAGUAAUAUUAUACAAAAACCUGCGCGUAAAAUAGAUCCUUCCAUUAAACAUAAGGUGUUAAGUAUUGGAAGAAAGGUAAUAAAUAACUCAAGUUUUAAUUGUACUGGACUAUUACGGUAUUUGGAACAUCAAAAUCUCGAAAUAGUAUGGAUGCCAGCACUUUUGCGACAUUCUAGUCAUGUACGAAUAAUGAUGAAAUUGAAAAAUUGUGAAGAAAACAAUGCCUCAGAUUUUGGGUGGGAAGGUUUAGAGAAUGUACAGCUUAACGAUGGCUUUAAGACAAAUAGUGCUGGAUCUGUUAAUGAUCAAUUAACAUCUGAAAAUUUAAAUCAAUCAACUGAUAAGGCUGCUAUGAACAUAAAAGCGAAUGAAAGUGGAUUAAUUGCAGAUUCACAUGUAAAUACUACAGAAGUAUUAACAGACCAAACUAAUAACACUGAUCACAUCACUGAAGAAAAAGAUUUUUUAUUGAAAAAGCUUCUAAGUGUAAAUCAUGUUCCCGUUCCCUCACAAAUUUUGAAUGCCAGUCCGGUAGCUAAUCCUAAACAACUUCCAAAAAAAUCAAACACAAAUGAAAAUCAAAAUAAAUUUUCAAAUCAAAAGCCCCUUCUCAUAACUGCCCCAGGCGACGAACCUGUCUUAGUCGAUCAUGCUGAAAAUUCUAAUGAACAUUUAAUUAUGCCAGUAAUAACAUCGACAGUUUCUUUAGCUAUUGGAACAUCAGGUGUUACAGAGGAACAAAAAAGCAAUGACGGAAAUAUCGCCUUGAUAUCAUCAACUGUGUCCAAUUGCCAGAUGCCAGAAGAUUGUAGGGAUGAAAAAAAUGGUGUAAGUAAGAAUAAAGGUGAUAUUAUAAAUUGUGAAGAUCAGCAAGACUCCAUUAAGAAUAUACCUAGGAUAAAAGUAAAACCUGUCUCCGAGUUAAUGUCAGAUAAAGCCCUAAACAGCAUGCAUAAGCAACAAGUAGAACAAAGUAGCAACAUUAUAAACCAAAAUCAAAAAAAUAUGCCUCACCAAAACACGGAAAACGUAGUUUAUAUGACAGAUAUUGCAGCACCACAAUUAAGUAAUUCUAUUAACCAAGACCUUCAACAUUCAGUUCAGUAUACUACUUCAGCAGCAGCCGGAGAAAGUACGUCGUCUUCAGCAGAAAGUAAUAAUCCAGAAUAUGUGUUAAUGGAUUCAGUUGACUUGCCUUACACUAGAACAGAUUCUCCAUUUCGAUAUUUUAAAAAUUUACUACACAUACAUAACAUUACCUUAUUAGAUGCUAACGAAACAUUGUCGUUUGAUUUCGUUUGCCUAUUAAAGUUUAAAUUAGUAUUUCAACAGGAAUCUAAUGUACCAGUUGUACUUUGUUUAGCGUUGUUUAACUCGAAAAGAAAUUUUUGUCUAAAAAUAAAGGAUGCCAACCAAAAAAACAUUGACAUAUCGAAAUUAUCCGCAAAUUGGCAAUGGGAAAUUCUAAAGGUGUAUAGAGAUGUGGUUAACAAGUUGUUGCAAAAUGCUGAAAAAGUCAGCCAAGAAGUUCGUGAUUACACACAACUAUUUUUAUGUCUUUUAAAAUCCAUUAAAUUUCAUAAAUUAACGUGA